CCUCCCAUCCCCCCACCUCAGCCCCGGACUCGGCUGCUCUCGGAGACGGCAAGGGGGGGGGGAAGGGAACGGAGGGCGCCGCCGCGCUACGGGAGCUGGGAGAGGCCAGCCGCGGACGCAGAGUGCGUGGGGAGAAGAGUAAGUAUGGAGGCCUCCCUCUGGACAUAUUUUGCCAAGUAUUAAAAAGGCUACAGUAUUAGGACAAUCGCAUUUUAAAAACCUAUGAGAACCACAAGCAAUACAAUUGUCACUGUUGAAUUCUGUGGAUUUACUCAUCUGAUUUGGUAUUUGGUAUGCUGUUCAGAAGUUGGUUCCAUCACAGCCAAUAAUAAGCCUGUCGGACUUAAUGUGAGCAAAUGGCAAAUGCUGAAGUCAGCAUCCCUGUCGGGGAUGUGGUGGUCGUGCCAACAGAAGGAAAUGAAGGAGGGAAUCCAGAAGACACUAAAACCCAAGUGAUAUUGCAAUUGCAACCAGUACAGCAGGGGAUUUAUCAAGGGGGCUCCGAGACUAACACGGCUGUAGUGGCUGUCGAAACGCACACCAUCCACAAGCUUGAAGAAGGCAUUGAUCCUAGCACCAUUGAAACCAAUGAGGAUAUCGAGAUUGCCUACCCCAUCACCUGUGGAGAGAGCAAAGCCAUCCUGCUGUGGAAGAAGUUUGUUUGCCCAGGCAUCAAUGUUAAGUGUGUCAAGUUCAACGACCAGCUUAUCAGUCCAAAGCACUUUGUUCACCUGGCUGGCAAAUCUACCCUGAAGGACUGGAAAAGAGCCAUUCGCCUGGGAGGAAUCAUGCUGAGAAAGAUGAUGGAUUCUGGGCAAAUUGACUUUUACCAGCAUGACAAAGUUUGCACCAAUACCUGCCGGAGCACCAAGUUUGACCUCCUGAUCAGCAGUGCCAGAGCACCAGUGCCAGGGCAGCAAAGUUUGGUACAGACUCCCACCUCUGCUGACGGAAGCAUUGCCCAGAUUGCUGUGUCUGAGGAAAGCAUGGAGGAAGGAAUCGAAUGGAACUCUGCUCUGACAGCUGCAGUCACCAUGGCAACUGAGGAAGGGAUCAGGAAGGACUCGGAGGAGAUUUCGGAGGACACCCUGAUGUUCUGGAAAGGCAUUGCUGACGUGGGGUUGAUGGAAGAAGUGGUCUGCAACAUUCAGAAGGAGAUCGAAGAGGUGCUGAAAGGUGUUCAGCAGAGACUCGGCCAGUCGCCCCUUCCGGUUACAGAUGCGGCUGUCCUAAAUAACGUUGCUCACACUUUUGGCCUGAUGGACACUGUCAAGAAAGUUCUGGACAACCGAAAGAGCCAGACCAAUCAAGGAGAAGAGCAAUUUCUUUAUACUCUUGCAGACCUGGAACGCCAGCUGGAGGAGCAGAAGAGGCUUGCCAGAGAUCAGAAGGCAAAAUCACAGAUGGUUCAGAACGUGGUUCUGAUGCCCGUCAGCACCCCGAAGCCUCCCAAGAGGCCCCGGCUUCAGCGUCCUGCCUCAGCCACAGUCCUCAGUUCCUCUGCCCCGAUCCAGCAGCCUCAGUUCACAGUUAUUUCGCCCAUCACCAUCACGUCUAUGGGGCAACCGUUCUCCGUCGGCAACAUUCCCAUGGCAACCAUCAGCCAGGGCUCCAGCCCUGUGACUGUCCACACCUUGCCGUCUGGCUCACAGCUCUUCCGGUAUGCCACCGUGGUCUCUUCUUCCAAGACCAGUUCAUCCGACACCGUGACUCUUCACCCCUCCUCGAGCCUGGCCCUGCUGAGUUCAGCUGCCAUGCAAGACAGUGGCGCGCUUGCUAACGUGGCUACUAUGGUGAAUCCUGUGGAACUGGUGGCCAUGGAGUCUGGCCUGACCUCCACCAUUCAAGCUGUCGAGGGCACCUCGGAGGAUGGGCAGACCAUCAUAGAAAUAGACCCAGCACCCGACCCAGAAGCUGAGACAGAGGAACCGGGGGCCAAAGCUGUGAUUCUGGGGGCAGAAAUAAGGACUGAGGAGAAAGUGGUGGCUGAGGUUGAUGAACACCAGCACCAGGUCCAUAAUGUAGAGAUUGUGGUCUUGGAGGACUAGUUGGGAAGGCAAGCAGUUUCUUGGUUGAUUGUUCAUCUGUCUCUCAGUUCUUCUUCUCCCCCCCACCCCCCCUUUAUUUAAAAGCUUCCUUCCACCCAGGUAAGUUUCUAUGGUAAUGUAAUUUUUAACUAGACACUUUCACUUGGAAGCCGGCCGAUCCUCAUCUGUACAAACCACACCAUAAAUGAAGGGAAGGGAGAGAAGAGAAUUCUUCCUAAGCAGUCCGGAAAGAAGGGAAGCACGCCAUUGCUGAUCAGAGCACGUUUCUAAGAGAAAGGUUGCGCCCCUCAGUUUGAAAGAAUAUGUUUCCCUCGCAACUUUUUGAGUUUUUUGCCUAGAUUGUUUUCUUUCAGAAAUGGAUCUUGCUGGUUACUGGAAAUGGAUCUGACUGCUGGAUUUUAGGGGAACCAGGCUCUGUGUGUGUUCCGGGCUCCCAACAAACACCAGCAAAGGAUUUUCUGACUGAUACAUUAUGCUGGAACUUUACUUUGUGUGGUGAGAGGAAAGAGACUUCGCCCCUCUCAGUGUGGAGUAUAUUUUAUUUUUAUUUGUUGCUGUCCUUCAGAUCUUCUUAGCUACUCAUGCAACCGUUGUUCAGGGACCCGAUUCUCAGCUCUCCCUUUCCAAGCCUUCCCCAGGGAUUUUUCUUUUCCCUAGGCACUGUUAUAAGAAUCUGAAAAAAAAAGAGAGAAUUGCUUAAGCCUUGUACACAUGCACACAGAGAAGACCUGGGGGGAGGGGGGGAAUAAAGGAACCAGACACAGAGUCCAAAAGCACCUGCCCUUUGACAUCCUGGAUGUAUCACGCGUGGGUUAUGCUGUCGCAUGCUGGGAGAGGGAGACUCUGCAGGCUGGGUGCAUCUGCUGUUUACUUUGCACGCUGGGAAUUGUACCAAGCUUAGUGGCUAUAUAUAUAUGUAUGUAUGUUUGGUGUUUAUAAUAUUUUUCUUUUGAAAAAUGGUCUGCAGGAUUCCAACUGGCAGAACAGUUUGGCAAGGUGACCGAGUGGUCUUCCUUCAAAUAGGGUCGGAGAACUUAUUUUCCUCCUUUAAUGGAAGGGGAGGGAAGGAAGAAGGGAUUUUUUUCCAGUUAAUUUGUUACAAUCUGGAGAAUGAGAAUCUGCUUUAUUUGAAAUAUUUAAAGUCAGCAGCAAGAAGAAAAGACAUUGGGGAGGCACGGGGAGAGUGCUGUUUGGCUAUUUUUUCAUUAAAAAGUGUUUUUUUAAAAAAACAACCCUGAAAA